AUGUCGUCAAGACACCGACGUUCGAGCAAGUACCGAGACUCAGUCGCAGGCCAACCGAGUGAGCGCGUCCACGAGAUAGGGUCAGAAGGAUCAAGCGCUUGGCCGCACCAUGGCGCACCAUCGUCUUCCUACUAUGCCUCAGCCGGAGGCCAACAGACUGGAUUCGCUUACGAGAUAGGGCAGGACCAUGUCGGUCCAUUAUCUUCAAGAUCACAGCAUCAGGUUGUGGCAGAGCUAAAUGCCACCAAUCUGGCCAGGGUGAACGAACAGCCACUGGUCCGUGGACCACUCAAGCAGCUAGAAGACGCGUCGGAGCAGACGACGUUGUCAGUCCAUGACGUGUACAAGGAGAUUGACCAGCUGAACACGUCCAUCCUGUCAUAUCAAAACACGGUCAAUACCCUACGCGAGCAGAUUACCGCCGCAAAGUCGGCUGAGCAGUGGACUCAGGUGCAGUGGCUGGAGACACAUGAGGCCAACACGCAGGAGAGAAUCCAGCAGGAAGAGCAGAGGAGGCAGGAUCUACUGGGCCGGCUGGAGCAGAAAGGCCGGUUUGUCGACGGCGCCCUGCGAGCACACGGCCUGGAAACUACCCAUGCUGGCUGGCAAUCCAACUACCCGACGCGUGCAGACAUGGCAGAGGACACCAAGGGGGUCCCCGAGGAAGCUCGGCCGCAUUUGGACUUCUAG